AGAGAGGAGGGAUUUACGUUAAGUUGCAUAAAUGGCAUUUUUCACAUUCUCGUGCAAGGCAGUUUGGCAACAGAUUUGAAGUCUGGACUCAUUACUAAACACUCAAAGCUGCUGAAAAACAACUACUAUCACGUUUACAAAAGGUUACAAAAUGGGAACUUUUACAAAAAUCUUAUUAGCAAGUUUAUUUGUUGUUUUCCUAGCUGUCAAGUGGACUGCACCCAGGUUUGACGCAGAAUCUCUCAAAGGUGCCAGGGUAUUGGUGACUGGGGCCAGUACGGGUAUUGGUGAACAAAUUGCAUAUCACUAUGCCCGCUUUGGAGCCCAGGUAGUAAUUACAGCAAGGCGGGAGAAAGUGUUACAGCAGGUGGCAGAGAAGUGCCUGAGUUUGGGAGCCCAGAAAGCUCUGUACAUAGCAGCAGACAUGGCCAGUGAGUCAGACCCUGAAAAGGUGAUAAAUUUUGCUUUGGAAAAGCUUGGAGGGUUGAAUUACCUAGUUCUCAACCACAUUGGCCCUAGCCCCUUCAGCAUGUGGGAGGGAGAUGUGGAGCACACCAGGUGGCUGAUGAAGGUCAAUUUCUUCAGCUAUAUUCAGAUGGCUUGGAAAGCUUUGGCCUCCCUUGAGCAAAGUAAAGGAUCACUGGUGAUUGUUUCAUCACUUUUAGGUAAAAUGUCCAGUCCCUUCGUAGCACCGUAUACCUCAACAAAAUCUGCCUUGAAUGGUUUCUUUGGGGCCUUUUAUCAUGAGCUUGCUAUGAAGAGGAGCAAUGUGUCCAUCUCUAUAUGUACACUGGGGCUCAUUGAUACUGAAUCAGCUAUGGAGAAAGUCAGGGGAGUCACUAAUGUUCCAGCCUACCCUGCCACAGAUGCCGCCUUGAACAUCAUCAUUACAGGAGCUACAAGACAGCCGGAGCUCUUCUACCCUUGGUUCACCCAGGUUAUAAUUCUUACCAAAGACUGGUUCCCUUCCAUCACAAACUAUAUCAUCCAGAACUCCUACAACUACAGCCCAUGAGAAACAUUCUGCAUCUGCAGUACCAUUAUGCAUGUUCUAGAUUAAAUACAUGGUUUAUUGUUUGGUUAGAUCUUCAUAUUUAUCUGACAUUGAUACACUGGGCAUGAUGAUGCUGUAGACAGCCUUGUCUGUGAUUAAUAAAUUCCACUAUCCUAAUUUACCUUUUGCCUGUUUUGGGGGUAUUUUUGCCCUCAUUUAAUAGUGGAUGGUUGUGAUGUGACAGGAAAGAAGGGGAGGGAAAGGGUGGGAAUGACAUGCAACAAAGGUUAUCUAGCUGGAAUCGAACCUGAGAUGUUGUUAUCAGAGUAUAAGGUCUUAAAACACUUAAGCCACCUGGACACAAAGAAAUAUCACAGCACAAAGAACAAUUAUCAACUCCGCAACUACGUAUUAGUAAGGCUUUAUAAUUUAAAAGUAAUAAUAAUUUUUAAAAAAUGAUAACACAAAUAGUUUUUUUAAAAAUGUAUUUUGUAAUCAAAACAUUCAGUCAUACCAGCCACUCAUAAGGAUCAAGUACAUGCUCAAUACUGUAAAGAGGCUUUAAUCUGAAUGGAACAGUACUUUAAAUGUCCACAUGAGGGCAGUAGUACCAAAGUAGUGAAGUAAGUAAGAUUACUUAUCUAUCUACAGCAACCAGCGAAGUGCAUAGUCUGUUAAUAAAAAUCCUUAAUAGGAAUCCUUAAUUUGAUUUGAAAUAUUUUUAUCUAAAUAUUGUAAUAAAAUAUAUAUAUAAAGGACCAGUGUGUUCACAUUUUGAAUCAUCCGAUUUUAAAAUUUCCUUUUUUUUUUAAAACCUCCAUCACCAUAUCAAUCCUCAACCCUCCCUGUUCUUUUUCCUGAGUUCACUGUUCUCUACCCCUGGGUUCCUCUCCAUCUCCAUUCUUCUCUGUUUCAUUUAGUUUCUUCUUUCCAAAGCUGGCCACAGUAGGCGUUGCAGACUUCCUACAGAGCAGGACUUUCUCAGUGGGUUCCUUUGUGUCUUUGUUCAUCAUCCCUCAAAAGCACCGCAGGCUUCCUGUGAAGCUGUUGGCUCAAUCCGUCCUGGUGGUCUUUUCUUUAUUGUAAUACACCCUAGAGGUUGUACCCUGCUGAUAGAAUGGAUUUCUACUGUAUAGUGAGUUGUCAAUGUCAAAAGAAAUGCCUUGCUAAAAAUUAGAGUGUGAUUUGAAAAGUUGAGAAACAAAAAGUAGAGCACUUUCUCUUUGAUGUAUAUAAAUGACUCUCCUAGAGCAAGAAGAAGUGGCCUUGAAUCUGUAAUAUAAAAGUUUGCACCGUUCUCCUGCACUUUGCUUUUUUCUUGUCGUCUUUUGAUUGAUAUGACUGAUGGGAGACGUUAUUGGAAUACAUGUUCUCUUUGUCCUUAUCUUGACAUGAGAUAAGGACACAAUGAUCUGAUUUGAUUGUGGAGAUGGUAUAAUCUCCCUGCAGGUGCCGUGGUAAGAAAUAAAAAACCUCUCUUCCUUCCUCUCGCUCCUUCUGUCUCUCUCUGUCACACACACACAAAUAUGGUGGGGCCUCCUGGGGAGGAGAGCAGGCAUGGCCUGGGAGAACAGCCAGAAACACCUGCAACAGAUUAGUGUUCCUAAUGCUAGGUAAUAAAUCCUCUCACCUUCUCUAGAAUCUCCAUCUCCUUCAAGCGUAGACCUUAUAGGCUGAAGACCAUCCACCCACCACACUCACUGUAACACACAAAAAAUAUAGUGUCAAACACUCAAACCUUGAUACAUCUAUAGAUAUAUAUAUAUAUUGUCUUUCUCUGUUAUUUUCUACUGCUGCAAAUUAAACUACUCUACGCUUGCA